UUGAAAGGAUUAUGGUGACAAGACAUUUGGAGGGUAACAGUUUUUAUUCUUGUGAGAAUUGAAAAUAUCCCAUUCAGUGGACGGGAAGGACGUUUAUGAACAAACGUUUAAUUGUAGAACAGGCAUGACAUUCUGUCUUGAUGCAAAUAUGUGCACGUGAUUUACUGUUUGCUCGUCAUUUAUUAUUCAUGUCUGGUGAAGGAGCUACGCUCUGAAAACGUUUACUUCACUGGCUUAUGAAGAGAAAAAUAAGAAAAUAUUUCUACAAAUCAAUUUCGAUUAAAAAUGGCAUAGAAGCUGGGGGCUAGGCGGGUUUAGAUUAUCUUUCUAAAUAAGGUUUUGAAAGGUGUUAGCAACAUUUUAGUGUUUCCUCCCCCCCUGACCAACCCCUGCUUGUACCAGUCCUUCUGUUUGAUUUGCAUUUCCUGUUUGUCUGGUAAAUUAAAAGCGAAGCAAACGUUUGGUCACUCGUUGUUCUUGUACUCUUUUCAUCGCAUUUGAAGCAGUUCAUCAAAAUGGCUCUCUUUCUGGAAGACAAACAUAAGAAAGCUUUAGUUAGAUUAGAAACAAUAAAUAAAGAUACAAAAGAAGUCAAUGAACUUGGGUUUGCUACGAAGAUAUACAUACCAGAGAAAGAAGAUAUAGUUCUCAUAACAAGUCCUAGUAUCUUCCCAGAUGGUAUAGAUGCACAUUUGGAUGAAAUUGUGGUUCAUCGAUGGAAGCCAAAACCCAAGCAGAAGGAUCCAGUGAAAGUAAAGAGUAUUGAAAGUCAUAAACAAGCAGAUGUUAACACCGUUGUGUUUGAAGGGGAGGAGAAGUAUUCUCUACGAUAUAAAGUUCUUACUGAGAAAGAGAUAAAUGAACACAAGAAACUGACUGCAUGUGUGUUUGAAGGUGAAAAUAAAAUAGAGCUGCAGUUUGAAUACCAAAGAGGAUCAUACAAGCUGAGUAAUGUAAGCAAAGAAGACUUUGAUGUGAAGAGAGCUAAAGGUGCACCAGUGAUUAUUAAGGAGUAUUCACACCACAUUCUUGGUAUUCCAAGAUAUAAUUAUAAGAUUGUUGGUGUACUGUCCAUGAAUAGUAAUGGUGACAUGUAUCCUGCUUUAUUCAAAGAUGGGUUUUUAGAUGAAAGGCAAUCAAGCGGUGAUAGAGCAGAGGCUGGAACAAGUCAUAUUGACACAGAGCAGAGUAAUGUAAGCAAAGAAGGAAAGAAUGUAGUUGUUGGUGUUCUUGGCAGUAAUGAUAGCCCCAAUGGAGAUAAAAUAUUCCAUCCAAUUUUGUUAAAGGAAGGCAAGUUUGUUACAG